AUAUGUAUAUUUUCAAAUAAUUUGUUUCCUUUAAACUUCAUGCAGUGAAAAUUGGGCCACAUCAUGGUCCAUUUGUGUGUGUGAAUGUUGUUGGAUGCGUUCACACUGCCAUCAGCUGGUUGAGAUCAGGAACUGAUGAUGAUCCCCAGGGUUUGAGACGUUCACAGGUGUCGUGCUGCACACACACAGACCGUCUCUUGUCACCAAACUCUGUUCCUCUGAAAGGCUUGAUUACACUUCUUCUUUCUGUGGUCAGAUGCAUCUAAACAUUAGACGAGAGGGAGAACAAAGUGCUUUAGUGAACUUAGAGCCGGUCGAAGAGCUUUCUGUUAUUAACAGGGAUAAUCAGCUACCUGCUAAAUCAUCCACCUGCUAUGCAAAUACUCAAACUCACACACACACACACACCGUCAGCACGCUACUCACUGUCCUCAUAUACAAAGUUCUAGGAUAUUUGCAUCCAAACCUCACAGCUUAGAGCUUCCUGAUGAACUGAACACCUCAUGCAUCAUGAGUUUCUUUGAGAAGUUCAAAACAUCUGUACUACAUGGACCACCUGCCCCUCCCAGGAGAACAGAUAAUAGCGCUGCGUACGGCUGGCCAGAAGGGGAAUUUGAUGAGGAAGAUAGUGAUACAUAUGAAGCCCCACCAUGUGAGCAUCCGACCAUUAAAGUCCAGCCUCGCCAAGUAGAGGAGAACGUUUACCUUGGUUAUCCAGAGAGAGGCCCAAACCCGGGUCUUCCCAAAAGACAGGCAGCACCGCCGCCACGACCAGCCAAGAUCCUCCCGAUCGGGAAAAGCCCAAAGCCAGAGCCGCCUCAUGAUCCAGAAGAGUUUUACAUCGACCCCAAUGAUGGAAAACCCCCUGAGGUGAUACGAAAAGAUAAACCUGGCAAAAAAGCCCCACCUAUGAGACCCCCGAUGAGACCUCCACCGGCCCCUCAGAACGACGAAGAUGUUUACUUGGAUCCAAAUGAAGGACAGGAUGAUGAUGAUGAUGAUACCUAUCUAGAUCCUGUAGCAGAACCUCCUCCACCCCGAAACCCGAGCCGUAUGCCGAAGCCCCCUAAAAGUGUAGGCCUUCGAGACCCGCCAUCACCAAUAAUGAAACCCCCUGUUCCCAGAGCCCAUUCUAGUUCGCUCCUGAUCAGUGAGAAAGCUCCGCCUCCGGAUGUAAAGCUCAGAAGUAUCACUUUUUCUGGCCAGCCGCUUCCACCCGCACUAACCAGCAAACCCAUCCCUCCCAUCAUCGUCCCCAAGGAACUCAAACCCAGUCCUCCUCCUCCUCCAUCUCUGGACAGCACAGCGCUUUCUUUUGGAGUGAAACCAGUUGCACAGGGGGCGGGGCUUCAGGACAGAGAGUGGUUUGCUGGAGUUUGUGACCGUAAGACUUCAGAGGAAACUUUGUUCAGGAUUAACAAGGACGGCACGUUUCUGGUCCGGUACAGUAACUCUCAGAACGGCCGUCAGCCCUUCACGCUGGUCGUUCUCUACCAUCAGACCGUUUACAACAUCCCUGUGCGCUUCCUAGAGGACUCGCAACACUACGCGCUGGGAAAAGAGGGCAAGAAGACGGAAGAGCUCUUCAGCAGUUUGCAGGAGAUGAUCUCGCAUCACAUGAAGAACCCGAUUCUGCUGAUCGACCGUAAGAGUCAAGCUAAACACAGCACACUCCUGUCUCACGCCGUACGGCCCUAAUGCUCACGUCAGCCUGAUGUUACGGAUAAAAACACUCACUCGUUCAGAAUUAUUUAUACCGUCAUGUUUGUGAUGCAGUCAAGCGUUGUCUUGUGUAACUUUAGUACUUUUCAUGUUUGGGGAUUUUAUAUGUGGUGACUAUGUAGUUUAGCUAAACUCGUUUAAAAUGUUUACAGAGCAACUUGUUGUCUUAGUGUUAAAUAGUUUGAAUAAAAUAA